CUAGGACGUGGGGUGCUUGCUGUGUCUGUUCUUCUGGAGGCUUCCAAAGAUUUGCGGGAGUUUUGAGAAUGAGUGGAACCGGGCGGAGGGCGGAGAGAGGGAGCCGAGCAGGGAAACGGGCCGACGAUCGCGGCGGGCGGGCGGAGACUGAUGCACCUCGAGAAGUCGUGAGCUUGAUCCACCAGCCCGAGAACCUGUUACUCCCUGCUUCCAGCUGCUUGGCCCCUGGAGACCGAGCUCGAUUCAGAGCCAGCAGACAUCACCCUUUCUUCCCAAACCUAACUGUUUCUUUCUUUCUUUUUUUCUUGCUUCUCCCUUCUGUGCUCUCCCUCCCGUUUCCCCGGCUCCUCCGAUCUGUAUUCUCUCCAGCCCCGCAAACGUCUUUCCCCUUCCGCGGCCUCCAGAUCUCCUCCUUCGCCAACCUCAGCUGGACGCGCACGGACGGCCUCGCGUGGCUGGGGGAGCUGCAGCCCUAUACUUGGCGCAAUGAGUCGAGCACCAUCCGCUUCCUGAAGGAUUGGUCUCAGGGCACAUUCAGCGACCAGCAGUGGGAGCAGCUGCAGCAUACAUUUCAGGUUUAUCGCAGCAGCUUCACCAGGGACAUCCGGGAAUUCGUGAAAAUGCUGCCCGGCGACUAUCCUUUUGAGAUCCAGGUAUCUGGAGGAUGUGAGUUACUCCCGAGGAACAUCUCAGAAAGCUUCUUACGUGCAGCAUUUCAAGGAAGGGAUGUCCUGAGUUUCCAAGGAAUGUCUUGGGUGUCAGCCCCGGAUGCCCCCCCUUGGAGCCAGGAGGUCUGCAAGGUGCUCAAUGGGGACCAAGGGACCAAGGAGACGGUGCACUGGCUCCUCCAUGACAUCUGCCCCGAGUUGGUCAAAGGCCUCAUGCAGACCGGGAAGUCCGAGCUGGAGAAGCAAGUGAAGCCAGAGGCUUGGCUUUCCAGUGGCCCCAGUCCUGGGCCUGACCGUCUGCUGCUGGUGUGCCACGUCUCAGGAUUCUACCCAAAACCUGUGUGGGUGAUGUGGAUGAGGGGUGAGCAGGAGGAGCCUGGCACUCAGCAAGGAGACGUCAUGCCCAAUGCCGACUCGACUUGGUAUCUGCGAGUAACCCUGGAUGUGGCGGCUGGGGAGGCGGCUGGCUUGAGUUGCCGAGUGAAGCACAGCAGUCUAGGAGACCAGGACAUCAUCCUGCACUGGGAUGGGAAACGUGUCUCCAGGGGCUUGAUCGUCGUCCUGGUAAUACUGGUGUUCGUCCUUCUGUUUGUUGGAGGCUUAGUCUUCUGGUUUAGGAAGCACCGCCGCUAUCAAGAUAUCCCAUGACUCUCCUCCCCACACCUAUCUGUCUGGAUUUCAGGAUCUCAGGGCUUUAGCCCUCAGAAUUUGAGGGUGAAAGAGAGCUACCUUGAAGAAGCAGAGAACAGGGAGCUCUUCUCACACACUUUGAACAUUUUAUCUAAGAGGAUUUAAGUUUUUUUUUUUCUUUUAGUAUACUACAAGUGUAUAUGUCCAAGUAGUUCUGUAAAAAAAAGAAGUGCAAACUCAGAUACGUCUCAGGGACAAGCAGAUAAAGGUUGCAGUGUAACUGUGUGUGGUCAUUAUUUGAAUGAUGGAAUAUGCAGUCAACUGGAAGAUACUUUUCCUGUUCCAAGGAAGCAAGUGCAACUGUUCCUUGUGAAGUAUAAAGUAAGACCCUGGCUUGGCUGUAACCCACCUUUUUUCAAGAAAAACAGAGGUCUAGCAUUAUAUGUGAACAAGCCUAUAUUAGUGUGUUGACAGAAACCUUUACAAUAUGUGGGGUGUUGUUCAGUUGCUCAGUCGUGUCUGACUCUUUGCGACCCUAUCAGUUCAGUUGUUUGCGACCCUAUCAGUACAAUAUGUGGGGUAUUGUUCAGUUGCUCAGCAUACCAGGCUUCCCUGUCCUUCGCCAUCUUCUGGAGCUUACUCAAACUCAUGUCCAUUGAGUCAGUGAUGCCAUCCAACCAUCUCAUCCUCUAUUGUCCCCUUCUCCUCCCGCCUUCAAUCUUUCCUAGCAUCAGGGUUUUCUUCUAAUGAAUCAGCCAAAAUAUUGGAGCUUCAGUUUCAGCAUCAGUCCUUCUAAUGAAUAUUUCGGGUUGAUUUCCUUUAGGAUUGACUGGCUUGAUCUCUUUGCAGUCCAAGGGACUCUCAAGAGUCUUUUCCAACACCACAGUUCAAAAACAUCAAUUCUUCGGCGCUUACCCUUCUUUAUGGUCCAACUCUCACAUCCAUACAUGACUACUGGUAAAAUCAUAGACAGACCUCUGUUGGCAAAGUAAUGUCUUUACUUUUUAAUAUGUAGUCUAGGUUUGUCAUAGCUUUUCUUCCAAAGAGCAUGCAUCUUUUGAUUUCAUGGUUGCAGUCACUAUCUGUAGUGAUUCUGUGUGGGAAACAUGUUUUACUAAUUUCUUGGAAAUAUCUCCUGGAAUUUAGUACUCAUUCCCUCUUCCUCGCUUGCUGUUACCCCACCCUUAAUUCAGACAUUCGGACUGACAUGUCAGCAUUAGCUAUAUGCUGUUCUGUACACAGAGCAAACCCCCUUAUCUUCAAAGACCUUUCCUUACGACUCUUCUAUGAUUACCUCCAGACCUCCAGGAGGAAGCCUCCUUGAUCCCUGAAUUCUAGUCUCUGUCUUGCUUUCCUGCACUUAAAGAUUACAAGAUAAGUUACCAAUAAAAUAUGUGCUCAGCAAGUUCUUGGGGAGUUGCUUCUCUGAAUGCUGUCCCUGUACUGUCUGUCAUAAUACUGUGUGUUUGAAUAUUAUUCAGUGUGAAACCACCACAGUUUGGAGCCCAAGAAAAUAAAGUCUGUUGCUGUUUCCACUGUUUCCUCAUCUAUUUGCCAUGAAAUAAUGGGACCAGAUGCCAUGAUCUUAGUUUUUUGAAUGUUGAGUUUUAAGUCAGCUUUUUCUGGGAUGUGGGAUACUCCAGAUAUGCCUCUGCUGGAUGACACUAGGCCUCCCAGUUUGUGUCUGUGAUAUAAAAAGUUUGUCCUGAAUGAUACAUUGAG